CCCUCCCUCCGUCCAUCCAUUUCCACCUCAAAUCUCAAAGUCGCACAACGCCACAACCCAAAGCACAAGGCCGCACCCACCUUUCCCCGUUCUUCUCCGGCGCCGAACAUGGCCGUCGACCUCAUGGGUUGCGGCUACGCCCCGCAUGGCCACGCGGCCGAGGCCGAGGAGCAGUUCCAGGAGGCCGCUGCCGCGGGGCUCCGCAGCCUCGAGCUCGUCAUCUCCUCCUUCUCCUCCCGCGCCGGCUGCGCGCCGCCCCUCGGAGAGAUGGCCGACCAGGCGGUGUCCAGGUUCCGCCGGGUCAUCAACAUCCUCGACCGCACCGGCCACGCCCGCUUCCGCCGCGGCCCUGUUGGAGAUGCCGCCGACUCGUUGACUCCCCCUCCUGAAUCCUCUGCUCCUCCUCGGAUGCCGGCCCAGGCACUGGCACCGGCUGUCUCGCCGCAGCUGGCGCCGCAGAAAAGCGUGACGCUGGACUUCACGAAGCCUUUGAAGGCGCCGGCGGCGGCCCCGGCUGCCGCGCCUUCGGUGACGUCGACGUCUUUCUUCUCGUCCGUGACGGCGGGGGGCGAUGGCAGCGUGUCGAAGGGCUGGACCCAGCUGGUGUCCUCCGGCAAGCCGCCGCUCCCGGCUGGGACCAAACGCAAGCAACGCCAACAGCAGACGCGCUGCGCGCACUCCGACGCCGCCGCCGCCGGUGGCCGGUGCCACUGCUUGAAAAAGCGCAAGAACCGGGUGAAGUACACGACGCGCGUGCCCACGGUAACCUCGGGCGCGGCGGACAUCCCCGGCGUCGGCGACAAGUACUCGUGGCGCAAGUACGGGCAGAAGACCAUCAAGGGGUCCCCUCACCCCCGCUGCUACUACAGGUGCGGCACCGUCAAGGGCUGCCCGGCGCGGAAGCACGUGGAGCGCGCCACCGACGACCCCGCCAUGCUCGUCGUCACCUACGAGGGCGACCACUGCCACGACACUUGGCCGCCGGCCGCCGCAAAUUAAAGCUCCCCGGCAGCGACAUGACUCGAUGUGCUUCUUCCAUUCGUUCUUUGUAACGGGGGCUUGUGUAAAGGAUCCAAAAUUAGGAAUAUAGAAGAUGUUUUCAUCAAGAUUGGAAACGCAUGCCAAUUACGUACUAGUACAAGAUUUCACA